CUGGAGAUUCAAUCGAAACUCCGAAGGAGGUCAACAUUGACGACAUCCACCGACUUCACGGAAACAUCAUGUCCAAGGCAAUGCACGCUGCAGCGCAUUGGUGCGAGCAUGGAGUGCGAUCCCACCUGGCAUCACCGUUGGAGGGGCGGGUGACGGAAUUGGCUGUGGCAAGCACACCUGCAUCUGCGCGCUUGCACUCGGCAACGACGACGUCCUCGAGCCGACAUCCAUUUUACGGGACGAGCUCGCAGCCGUGUCAUGAACUUGCAGCAGGGUCCUUGUCACGAUUGGCGCCGGUUUGGGAGGUCAGCGACCCAACCCGUCCCCUCGUUCCCGUAUCGGUUCCGGUCUCCGGUCCAAGGAGCGCUCCAGAGGGUAGGUUUUGUCCGGUACCCCGCGUGGUGAACCGCGGUUGCAUGGCCUCUUUACCGUCAGCGUUCCUGGGAAGACGGCUUACGCGGGGGGGUACUAGAAUCGCGCCAACCAAUGUGUUGUUGCCGUCUCCUCGUUUUUCGCUCCCGAAAUCGGCUGUCCCUAAGGCGUUGUUCACGGGGAUUGUCGAGGAGAUGGGGACCGUGCAGGAAUUGCGACAAGUCGACAACGAAGGAUGGGAGCUCACAGUGAAGGCAUCUAAAGUCCUUGAGGGGGUGAAUCUCGGAGAUAGCAUCGCAGUUAACGGUACUUGCUUGACCGUUACGCGAUUCGAUUGCACGUCUUUCGACGUGGGGCUAUCGCCAGAGACGUUGAGGAGGACGUCGCUGGGUGAAGUAUCAGAAGGCUCUUUGGUGAACCUGGAGCGUUCGUUGCGUCCAGAUUCGCGGAUGGGAGGCCAUUUCGUACAGGGCCAUGUCGACGGGACGGGCCAGAUUGUCGACUUUUGGCCGGAGGGGGACUCGCUUUGGGUAAAGGUGAAAACUACCCCGGACAUCCUUCGAUACGUCGUUCCGAAGGGGUACAUUGCCGUCGACGGGACAAGCUUGACGGUGGUGGAUGUCUCCGACGAGGAGAGUUCGUUCAGCUUCAUGCUCGUCGCGUACACGCAGACGAAGGUCGUCAUCCCGAAAAAGGAAGUUGGCCAAUUGGUCAAUCUGGAGGUGGACAUCGUCGGCAAGUACGUGGAGAGACUGGUGCAAGGGUACCGGCAAGGCAUGCCGACUACUCUCCAGUCGUCAUCGUCGUAAUUUGUGUAGUACAGUGUGCACAUGGAAGCGUCCCAACUACAGGACACUUUGCCUUAUCUGAGGAGUCUUCAUGCAAUUAAUGACAAUAAUGGAGAUCCAAGUUGUUGUUGUUGUUGUUGGUUGUUUUUUUUUUUUUUUUUUUUUUUUUUUUUUUUAAUAACCAAGGGUGAAUUUACCCAAGGUGGGAAGUUAUUUGUUCAUUUCAAUCUGUGAAGUCCUCAAAAUGGCAGAGAAAUGAUGCCCCUCGACGAGCGAUCCGUCGAAAUUGCCAAAUUGGAACGAUUCAGAAAGCACUCAGCAUGCUGUCAUGUGUCUGCCUUGUUAGAAAUUUUUCCAGCCCCUAGGGCGUACUCGCACUGGGACCGUAUGGGAUGUAUAUGACUGCCAUCACGACCAAGUUCAUUCAGUUGAAAAGUCCAUCACGCACUACGAUUAUUGGGACGCCCCCCUCGAAAAAGAGAUGACUUUGGAAACUUCUGUGUAGACUCCUUAUAUGCCUUUCUGGGAUGCAUAUCACUGCCAUCAUGGCCAAGUUCAUCACACACUACGAUUAUUGGGAUGCCCUUCAAAAAAGUAGAUGACUUUGCCGACUUCUCAUAGGAGGCUCCUUAUGCCCACCCACAA